ACGUGUGAUUUAAUUUUGCGGUCCUUUUAAACGUCGCUCUGAAUUAAAAUACAUUGAACUAGCGGUAUUUCUACACGUUCAACUCAAACUCGUUCACUGGACUCCAGACCAACUGUCUAGAAAAUUCAGUUUUGACCUUGUGUUUUGUACCGGAAGUAGGAAGGCGUCAUCAUCUGAUGUAAUAUUCUGGAACUUGCAGGUUGUGUUCUGAUAGACAAGAGGAGGUCAGUGUGAUAAUAUUACCAGCAGGGAGUUUCUACAGUUACUCGUAAAUUUGUCUUUUAACUGAGAAAAAAAGAUGCCGAGAGGAAGCAGAAGCAGGACCUCGAGAAUGCCCGCUCCGGCCAGUCGGGCACCGUCCCGGCCUAUGGCACGGGCCGCCCCACCUCCAGCAGCCCCCUCUUCAGUACCUGCUCACCCACCUCCGUCAGCGAUGGCAGCUCCCUCAGCCGCCCCCAGACAGCCUGGUAUGUUUGCCCAGAUGGCAACGACGGCAGCUGGAGUAGCCGUGGGCUCAGCCGUUGGACAUACACUAGGCCAUGCCAUGACCGGGGGCUUCGGCGGUGGGGGGGGGAGUGCUGAGCCAGCAAGGCCUGAUGUCACUUACCAGGAGUCCCUUCCUCCUGCCCAGCCCAUGUACCAGCAGCAGCAGCAGCAGCAGCAGCGCAGCCCCUGUGAGUACGAGCUGAGGCAGUUCAUCGAGUGCGCGCAGAACCAGAGCGACUUGAAGCUGUGCGAGGGCUUCAGCGAGGUGCUGAAACAGUGCAAGUUCUCUCAUGGAAUUUAAUGUCCAGUGAAUGUGGAACAUGUGAGGAUCAGUCGUUUAUCGCUCAUGAAGAUUGUACACAAUAAAACCAUGUUUAAUGUAGUAAAAUAAAUAUGUUUGAAUUUGUCAGCAUUUAGAUUAUUUUGAAGUUGAUGGAAACAUGACAGCUUUAAGUUUAAAUCUCUGAAAGCAAUGUAUAUUCUCUGUUAUUUGCUUAAUCAGUAUACACUGUAUUGAUUCAAGUAUGGGGUAGUCUUUUGAGAAUGUGAAGGCCCAAGGAUGUCAACUGUUUAGUUUGCCACAUGAAGAGACAACCAAUACUGCGUUUCUUUUUAGAGGAGUAGAAUUUUAAGCUGUUUGAAUUUGCCAUAAAUGAAGGCUUUACAUACUUGCAGGGUACAUCCAUAGUCAUUAUCAGCAAACAGUAAACAAGUAAAACCCUUUACCAAAGAUCCAUGUUCAAAAUACCCAAGUGGAAACAUACGUACAGCAAGAAACCUGCUAAUGGGAUCGUGUUUAAAUCAUGAGUCUGUACGCAGCUGACCCUAUAAAACAGUGGGUAUUGUAUUGGGUGAUGGCGACAGGGAUACAUUACAAGAUGUUCUUGAUUCUUUAAACAGUUUCAUGUACCUUGCAUAUUGAUCUUAAUUUUUUUUUUUUUUUUUUUUGUGGCUGAAAGGGAAUAAGUUAUCAUUUUCAGUUGCAGCUUUAAACAGAUGGGUAACAUCGGAACACACGAUUCUGUCACUUGGUGUGUUGGGUUAGUUAUACUGUUCUGUAAGGUUUUAAAACUUUAAUAAAGUAUAAUUUGAAUGCAAAA